AUGAAUCCUGCAUGUCCCGCUUGCCUCUAUGGAAGUUACCUCGCUCACACGCAGGGCAAAAAGCAUCAGACUAACUUAGCAAGACGAGCUGCAAAAGAGGCGAAGGAUGCGCCGGCUCAACCCGCUCCAGAGAAAGUCAAGGUUGAGGUGAAGAAGUUCGUCAAGAUUGGCAGACCGGGUUAUAAAGUAACAAAACAAAGAGAUCCAGAGAUCGGACAGCAGAGUCUGCUUUUCCAGAUUGAUUACCCAGAGAUAGCAGAAGGUAUCGGGCCGAGGCAUCGCUUCAUGUCAGCAUAUGAGCAGAGAAUCGAACCUCCGGACCGUCGCUGGCAGUAUCUGCUGUUUGCAGCCGAGCCGUAUGAAACCAUCGCGUUCAAGGUUCCCAGUCGAGAGAUUGACAAAGCAGAGACUCGUUUUUGGACACACUGGAACAGGGAAACGAAACAGGUGAGAACGGAUGGAUUAAAUCAUUUGUGACCCUGGAGCACAAAAC